AGAAGCAGGGACCCAAGUAAAAAACAGAAGUAACUGGAGAAUUGUCCUUUCCACUAUUUGGUGUACAAUAUGGGAACAACGUAUCUAUCCAACAAGCAUCUCAUCAAGGAUGGCCAUCCGUUUUCCUAUAGGAGGACUUAAGGGAAGAUCUGGAAAGCAACCUGCAGUGCAGGAGAAUAUAAACCAGCUGGGACUGCAGUUUUCAAAUAAGAGUGGCAUAAAGAGGAAAGCUCCAUUGAGUUCUUUGGCAUCCGUUUGCAUAAAAGCUACCAUCUCUGGUGUUGCAAAGAAAAAGACUAUAAGCUGCUAUUCCCAAGGAGAUGAUGAUCUGGUCAAUGCAAGUAGUUCAAUCGAUGCAUCGACGAAAAAAUUUGCCACUCCGCAGGAAGAAACCUCUUUUAAAGAGAUUAGUAACCUUGACACAAAAAUGAGCAAGCUCCUAUGUUGCCACUUCAAUUCAAAAGGAGAGGUGUUGGCUACCGGUGGAGACAAUGGGAAGGUUUUGAUUUGGGAGUUAGGAAAUAACAGAACUUGUAGUGUACAAGGUCAUGCUCAUCAAGUCACAGAUGUCUGUUUUAGACCAAACUCAACAGCGUUUGCAUCAUCUUCGUUUGACAGAACUGUGAAGAUGUGGGAUGCAACAAAGCGAAACAAUCCUUUCCAAAACCUUGUUGGCCAUGAUGGGCAUGUGAUGUCUAUAGAUUUUCAUCCAACAAAGUUGAGUCUCCUCAGUUCUUGUGAUAGCAAUGGUGAGAUUAGACUGUGGGAUGUCAAGAGCGGUGAUUGCAAGCUGAAUUUUAAGGGAGGUAUUAGUCAAGUUAGAUUUCCACCUCAACUUGGGGACUUUUUGGCUAGUUCUACUGGAAAUAUUAUAAAUAUUUUUGAUGUAGAGACAAACAAGAUCCAAAAAAAAUUACAAGGACACAUCAAAGACAUCCAUUCAAUCUGCUGGGAGACGAGUGGGAGCUACCUGGCAUCUGUGAGUGAAGAUAGUGCCCGGAUAUGGUCUGUUAGUGAUGGGAAGUGUUUAUAUGAAGUGUACUCUAGCGGAAAUAAGUUCCAGUCAUGCACUUUCCGCUUUGGGCGCCCUCUAGAGUUGGUGAUUGGUUCUGAUAAGUUCUUGGAGGUGUGGAAUCCAUUCUUCCAGAGUAACAUAACUAGACCAUAUAUCGCACAUUCAGGUACUAUUAAUUCAUUAGUAGAUUCACCUUCGAAAGGAAUCGUAGCUUCAGUUAGUGAUGAUCAAUGGAUCAGGAUAUGGAAAUGACACUUCUUUGAAGAUCAAAAGAUACAACAACCAUUCUUCCUUGUUUCUUUUAUCAAUGAAACUACAACUGCAUACGCCCUUCCGUAUGCAUUUUGGACCAAGAAAGGUGAUGUUAUUCUUGGCACAUCACCAGUUGAAUUAGUUUUUUGAAAGGUUGUUUCAGUUACAAACACUAACUAUUGUUUCAAACUCCUCUAUUUAAUCUCUUUGAAUUUGAUUUCUUAAAUUGGGAAGUUUGCAAUAGUAAUAUUUUUGUUC